AUGGUUUUGGAGUGUGUCACCGGUUUACGGUCCGCUAGCUGUGACCCUCCUGGUCCAGUCCACUGUGCCAAACUUAACGUUCAACCUCUGUGCUCUUCCCCUAGUCAACCUCUUUUAAACACAACUAACACUACCCCUUUCUCUGGUGGAUUCGAUCUGCCCUCGCUCAAUGUGCGUGGUAUGCUAGCCGCCCGAAUAAAACGACGAAAUCCUGACAGUAAUCCGAAUUCUUCUCUGUCUGCCUUUCCGCGAUCUCCUCGGGACGACCAGGAUGAGGAUGUCAUGAGCGCGAGCAUUUCGAAGAUUUUACCCUAUCUUUAUUUGGGAAAUGCACGCGAUGCGCAGAAUCUGGACCUGUUGCGUCGUGUCGGGAUUACUCACAUCAUUAAUGUGACCGAAACAGUCCCAAUGCCUUUCAAACGUCCCGUGCCGUUUACAUACCUGCAUUUGCCCGCUUCGGACACGAUCAACCAAGAUCUUAGACCGGCUUUUGAUCGUGCUGUACAGUUCAUCGAUGAGGCGCGCAAACGAAACGGCAUCGUCUUGGUGCACUGCCAGGCCGGUGUCUCCCGCUCAGUGGCCAUUGUCAUGGCCUACCUGAUUCAUUCGGCAAAAAAAUACACUGUGCUCAAUGCCUUGGAAUUUGUGCAAAAUCAACGUCCGGUUGCUGGACCAAAUCUUCAUUUCAUGGGACAACUACAACGUUACUAUAACGAGCUUCAUACACGCAAUUUUGUACCACCCUCACCGAGCACAACUUCAACCCUCCCAGUGGCAGCUCCGCCUCCACCAGCAGCUAUGACUGCUCCGUUUUCUAGUCACCCCUCCAAUUUUCAAGCCGUUCCCAAUGCCGUGGAUGCGGUCUUUUCUACACUGGAUUUCGAUUUCGCUAAAUAG